AAAUAACAAUCGUGGUUUGUCAAACGUUAUUGGUGUUUACCUUGGUGUUUACUAAUAAUAAUAUGGUUGUUUCAUAAACUUAAAGUUUUGUUUUCAUUUGACUUUAUUUUGUAUGUAAUGUAGGCACUUAAUUAAAAUGAAUGAUCCAACGACAAGUGUACAUUGUGUUUAAAGUGUUUUGAUAAAUUUAACUGCUAAACCGGUUUUAUGUGCGUUUGAUAGUGGACUGCAGAUAGAAGUUUUAUGUUUUUAAAAUACGAUGGCGUUUUCUUUUAGUAAAUUAAAGAAUAUUUUAAAUAAUAAUAAGGAUAAUCAACUGGCCGGUAGUGGUAGCUUGGAACCAGAGAUAGGAUUUAAGUUAUCAUUACAUCCAAUAAGUAAAAAUUUGUUUGUAACUGUUAUCGGCGCUCGCAAUCUCCCGUCUUUGUUUGGUCUCAGUCGCGCCCACGGAUACCUUGUUAAGGUUAAAGUCUUCCCUGGGGACAGCAAAUAUGAGACGACUUUACAAGACAGUUCCUGGCCAGUUUGGAACGAAGAUUUUAAAUUCCAGCUGAAACCAAAGGACGCGAAAAAGCCAAAUGAGAAAAUCGAUCUUCAAAGUCAGCUAGCUGGUCACUUCUUGUCAUUGACAAUUUAUGCAUUAUUGGAGGCGCCAAAAUUAGACGGAGACAAAAGAAAAAACGCUAAAACUUUAGAUGCCAAGACAACUAUGAAAUUGAUGAACGAUGAAGAACCAAAGACAAAAUCCGGACUAUUGGAAAAAACAUUCAGUAGUUUUAAAUCCACUAAAGCUGAGAGUAUAACACAAAAAUCUAUUCUAGAAAAACGAAGAACAGUUGGUGCUGCGACGUGGAAUUUUGACUCGAAACUAUUUCAGAAUGAUUUAAAAAAUGGUUUGAUUGGUACACCUGAUAUUUGGCGACCAAUUAAUGCGAUUGCAAGUGGACUUAAUACUAUUGAUACACGACGAGAAAACAAGAAGGGACAACUCGAAGUGACGUUGUUAUACACUGGAAGUGAAGAUGGGUUAAAUGAUACUGUUCAGCUUACAGUGAACCGACUUAGAUGUAGCGUUCAGACAAUGCAAGAACAAGAACAAUAUAAAGCGCCCCUCUAUUUGAAGGCGACAAUAUUGGAAGCGAAUAAAGCGGAGUGCUACUGGAAAAGCGAUAGAUUCGCUCCAACAAUAUCGGCCAGAUGGGAUCCCAAGUCCGCAACCGUGAAGCUAUCGGUGUUCAAAGCGAACUUGAACAAAGUUAGCAUUUACAUUAGUCUCGGUUGUAAAACUAAAAUGGCAAAAAAAGAAAUUCUAGGAAAGGCACUCAUCGAUGACAAAUCCGCGUAUGCAGACAGUUGGAGCGAAAUUUUGAGGCAGCCAGGAGUACCCAAAACAUUUUGGGUUAAUUUCGAGUGAUAAGUAAAGCUGUUUUAACUCGUGACAUUUUUUUCAUGAACAAGUUAAUGUAACCAAAUGUUAUUUAGUAUUUUUUUAAUGUAUGGUUGACUUAUUUGUUAAUGUGUACUUUGUUUUCUAAUGUUGUUGGUAAGUAAUUUACACUGGGUAAUUCCAUCCAUACCAUUAUUUUACAUAAGAUAACGAAAUCCUUAAAAAUAUAAACUUUUAAUAUCGUCCUAAAUUUGAUGUUUUUGAUUGAAUAUAAUAGGUACUUUACAUACAAAUAUUUAUACCCUAUAUGUGGUUACCCAAAACAUUUAAAAUAACAUUUUUGCGUACACUGAAGUUAUUUAGUUUAGCAACUAUUAUAUAAUUACAAUGUAUUUGAUAUCUCAAAAUUUGAAGGUGUAUUAAGACACAAUAUUAUAUUGAUGACACUAUAACGUCCUGCCGUAAAUUAUGAAUAAGAAAUCUAACUCGUAAAUAUAAUUAAAGCGCACGUGAUUAACUUUCCAUUUAAUUAAAAUAUACAUAAAACAAUUAAAUUAAAAUUGACUUUGAAUCUUAAACGGUUUGCUCCUACGAAUGAACCUUCGAAAGUAAGGAAUUUCUGUUAAAUUUCAUUGUUUAAAAACAUUUUACCUACCCGAAUUAUUAGGUAUCAGACAAAAAUUUAUAAUUUAAAAAGUAGGUACUAAUAAAUCUCGUGUUAUACAUAUAACUAAUUUUGAUUACAAAUGGAUAUGUUUUGUUUAUAAUUAUGUAUUUUAUGUAAAUUUGUAUAUCAUAUGUAAUAAACAAUACCUACUGUGUAAUAUCAAUAUUGUUCUCCACUCGACGUUUUUCAUAAUUUCCUUUAGGUAUUAUAAGUAUCAUCUUUUUACUGACAAUUACGUAAACUGUUUACGUAUAUAACUUUUUAAAUGAAAAUAUGAAAAUUUGCAAAAAAAAAUUUACACGCAUUAUUGAACAAUGUCCGUCCAUAAAAGAGCUCCUUUGGCAUUUAUUAAUUAAUUAUAUAAUAUAUGUAUAAUGACGUAAUAAUAUAUAAGUGUGAAAAAGCUUUAAUGGUUCGAGUGCCUUAUUGAAAUGUAAUAAUAAAUAAUUAAUAAUAAUUGUAAUGAAAUUUUCUGUUCUUACAAAAGGCCGUAUUUUAUAGUCAAUAAACAAUUUAGUAGGUAAAUAUUUCCGUUGAUUGACAAAUGCUAGAAAUUAUAUUUUUUCUGCAUUAAAUGUAAGUAUGUUGUUAUUUGUAAAAAUAUUAAUAUUAUUUGUAAAUAAAAAAAUAUAAAUUACUGUGCUUCAAUUACAGCAUAUUUAAUCAGAUUGUCAUAUUAUUAUUGAUAUUUUUAAUAAACAAUAUAAAUUGCAAAA